AUGCCAUCAAAAAGAUCUAAAAGAGAGUUACAACCGGAAUCGACUCAGUCCGAUGAUAAAGAUCCAUCAACGAAUACAGCAAAAAGUGAGGAGACGAAAACAGGAGAAACCAUACAAGAGAGAAACGUGGCACUUGAUAAUCUCGCAAAGACUCCAAUUCAAUUAAUUGUUCAACCGACACCUAUGACACCUGCAAUUACACCUGGAAAACCUCUGACUCCGGGAAUACUCAAUAAGGCAGAAUCUGAAACAAAAAAUGAUGAGUUGAAGACACCAAAACCACGAGAACAACUUGUAGAAGUACCAUCGGAUGAAGUGGGUCGAGUUGAGAAUAACAUUGACAAUAUCCCGUUUUAUCACGGGUUCAUGGGCAGAACUGAAUGCGAGGCAAUGUUGAGUAAUCAUGGAGAUUUUCUGAUUCGAAUGACUGAAAUAGGGAAAAGAAUUGCAUAUGUGAUAAGUAUCAGAUGGCAUUAUCAGAAUGUUCAUAUUUUAGUGAAGAGAACGAAAACGAAAAAGUUGUAUUGGACAAAGAAGUACGCUUUCAAAUCGGUGUGUGAACUCAUUGCUUAUCACAAAUUAAAUCACAAACCAAUCUACGAAAACAUGACAUUAGUGUGUGGAUUGGCGAGACAUGGAUGGCAAUUGAAUAAUGAACAAGUUACUUUCAAUAAGAAAUUGGGAGAAGGACAGUUUGGAGAAGUUCAUAAGGGACAAUUGAAAACCUCAGUCUUCACAUCACCGGUUACUGUAGCCGUGAAGACGUUACAUCAGAAUCAUCUAUCCGCAAAUGAGAAGAUUUUGUUUUUGAAGGAGGCCAAUGUGAUGUUGACUCUGUCUCAUCCGAAUGUUAUCAAAUUCUAUGGCGUUUGUACAAUGAAAGAACCAAUAAUGAUAGUGAUGGAAUUCUGUGAUGGAUCGUCAUUAGAAGACGUUCUUCUAUCGAAAGAUUCUAAAGUCCCUCCAGAAGAUAAAAUACUUUACUUGUUUCAUGCAGCAUGUGGAAUAGAUUAUUUGCACGGAAGACAUGUCAUUCAUCGGGAUAUUGCAGCAAGAAAUUGUUUGUUGAAUUCAAAGAAAAUUCUAAAGAUCUCUGAUUUCGGAUUAUCCGUGAAGGGAGUUGCAAUAAAAGAACGGAAAGGUGGAUGUCUUCCAGUCAAAUAUAUGGCUCCGGAGACACUCAAAAAGGGAUUGUACAGUACUUCUUCGGAUGUUUACAGUUACGGCGCCCUCAUCUAUGAAGUUUACACUGAUGGAAAAACUCCAUUCGAAUCAUGUGGAUUGCGUGGAAAUGAACUUCGAAAAGCGAUCAUUUCGAAGACUGUUCAGUUGACAAUUGAUGUCGAAGUUCCCACUUUCAUUCAGACAAUUUUCGACCAAAGUAGACAAUAUGACACAGACGAGAGAAUCAGUUCAAAGAGAAUUAUUGAAAUUUUCAAAGAGGAAUCUGGAGUCCAUGAAAUCGAUCCGAAUGGAAUUUUCCAUCGUUUCACUCAUAUUGGAGAUGUGUUCACCAAGCUCCGUCAUCGGGAAAGAGAAGCAGUUGAAGUUUCGAACUAA